CUUAGAGAAGUUUUCCGAUGUAAAAAAAAAGGUUGCCAAACUACCCAAUCGGUACGUAAUGAAAAUUUAUUUUUUACUUACGUAGACAAAAAUGGUCGAAAAAAUAGUGGAUUGAGUAUCAGUGAAAUAAUGGAGAUUGUGUUCUUCUGGGUUAUGGACAAUCAACUUUUUCAAAUAACAAAAUUUACGGGGCUAUCAAAAAAUACUAUUUGUGACUGGAUGAAUCUCUGUAGAGAUAUCCCUGUACGUAUGUUCAAUAAAAGGCAACCUUUUGGAGGUCCUGGUCAGAUUAUUCAAAUUGAUGAAUGUUUGUUGCGGGGUGCACGAAAAAAUAAUAAAGGACGCUUUCGACUUGCUGAUUUAAAAGCUGCAGUUGUACCUAGACAAGAAGAUGAAGAAGACACCAAUCGCAAUUAUGGUCGGAGAAUUGGUGGACCGUGGGUAGUUGGAUUAUGUUGUGUUUUGGAAAAUGGUUUAACUGAUGCAAGAUUUUUUAUUGUUGAAAAAAGAGACAAAGAAACAUUACAUCAAAUAAUUAAAAAUGAGGUACUACCUGGUACAACGAUUCAUUCCGAUUCAUGGCUUGGAUAUAAAGGUAUAUCUGAAAAGGGCUAUGUACAUGAAACGGUUAAUCAUUCAGUGAAUUUUGUGGAUCCGGAAACUGGUGCCAAUACACAGAGAAUCGAAAGUCUUUGGAGGCCUCUUAGACUGAAAAUUGUUAAAAAAAUGUGUGGUACUAAUGAAGACCUCUUAGAGAGGUACUUAGCCGAGUAUUGGUGGCGAGGUCUAAAUAAAAUGGAUGAUAUUUUUGAUAGUUUUCUUAGAGAUAUGAAAAUAUGCUUUGUGGAUAAUCAAUAA